AAGAUUAGCGGCUCAGUCCUUUUCUCAGUUCCCUCCUGGAUUAAACACCGGCAUGAGAGCUCCGGUGUUGUUACAAAUGUGGCGACGGCGAUGGCCAACGACUGCAGCACCGGUGUUCAUGGUGAUGGUGGUGGUGCUGUCUUCUCUACCAGGCACCCUGACUGCUCCAACUGACGACAUCAGCCUUGAGGACACUGCUCGGGUGCUAGGACACUUCUCUGCCGGAGUCGGUACAAGGAGAAACGGAGGCUCCAUGAGAUCCUUCACAGGAACUUCCCAAGGCAGCCUGAGGGGACAGCAACACUUUCAAGUCCGGCUAGACAGUUUAGAAGUUAACGAUAACAGCAAAGAAGUUCCGUCUCGUCCCAGUUUGGAGAGAGAGAGCUUAGAAGUAACUUUAGGUCGCAGCGCAGUCCCAGUUGGCGGCACUUCAGGAUCCCAAGGAUUCUCCUCUCAAUAUUUCGUGGUGGAUGAUGAUUCAUUAGAAAUCGAUGAGGAUGAUUUCCGCUUCAUGAACCUUGGAAGAAGAUAUCAUCCUGAAGGUAUAUCUCCAGUUUCCCCUCAGCAACUGUUUAUUCCUCAACCAGCAGUUGCUCCAACUCCUGGUCGUGUGGGUCCUGCUUCUCCAAAACUUGGUCCGUCCCUCAGUAACCCGUACAUUAUCGCCACUGCUUCAUCUAGUGAAGAAAUCGACGAAGAUAACCCUUAUGAAGAUGAUGAUGACGAAGACUUGGCGAUAUAUCUCAGUAAAAAUUUGUUGACUGUGAAGGGUGAUGAGAGCAGUGAAGAGCGACUGGAAUUGGAUGAUGCGCUAUUAGGAAGACGCUACAAUUUUAUUGACGGUCAAGGCAGUCAGCGAUGGGGCUACGAGCUUGUCGACCAGUAUCAACACCAGUCAGUGAACACAGAUGGAUCAAUGAAUGGCAGAUUUGGCUGGACUGCUCCCAACGGUCAAGAAAUCAAAGUUCAGUAUGUGGCUGAUGAUGGUGGAUACCGAUUGGUUGGCUCCUCAGGGAUCCAUCCAGCUGACAGUGAAGACGUACACCGGCUCAAGGUACAACAUUCUCAAAUAUACAAGGAAGUCGCCAGCCGUCCACCAGUAGCUCCACUACCUGUGUCCCCUGGUGUCCCACUACCUCCAGUAUCCCAUGGUGUUCAUCUGUCUUCUGGAUCUCCUGGUGUCCCACUGCAUCCAGUGUCUCCAUCGUCUUCUGGGUCUCCUGGUGUCCCAUUGCCUCCAGUGUCUCCAUCAUCUGGAUCUCCUGGUGUUCCAUUGUCUCCUGCUGAUAAUUCUUAUAAAGUGACCAUCCCAUUUGGAGGAAUUGGAGUGGCGUUGCCAGAUCCCCAUCGUGACCGAUCGCCAUUUCAAGGGUCUCCAGGCUUCUCACUAGGUGUCCCUCUGCCUCCUCAGCAUGAUAGCAGUGGAGCAGCUGGUGUUUCCCUUCCCACGCAGACAGGAGCUGGAAGUGGAGGAGCUCCUUUUUCUAUCCCUUCAGGACAACCUACUGGUGGGGUUCCUCUUCCCAGCCCCUCUGGACCUGGGGCAAAGCCAUCUCGUCCAGGUUUUUUUGAUGAAGAUGAAGUCGUAUCUUUCAGUGGUGGAACAAUGGGUGUUCCUCUUCCCACUCAAUCUGGAGCUGGAAGCGGAGGAGUCUCUUUUUCUAUCCCUUCAGGACAGCCUACUGGUGGAGUUCCCCUUCCCAGCCCCUCUGGUCCUGGAGCAAAGCCAUCCAGACCAGGCCUCUCCAGGGAUGAUGGCACUGUGGUUGCUGGUGGAAGUGGUGGUGUUGGACUUCCAGGUUUUGAAACAACUGGAGUUUCCCUCUCAAGCCCAUCGGGACCCAUGACUGGUGGAGUGCCUCUUCCCAGCCCCUCUGGACCACCAGGGGCACCAUCCGGCCCAGGCUUUUUAGGGGAUGACACCGUAGUUGUUGGAACAGAUGAGGGUGUUGGACUUCCUGGACCUCCAGGAGUCUCCCUCUCCAGCCCUGCAGGACCAGGUGGAGUUCCUCUUCCUAGUCCCUCUGGGCCACCAGGAGCACCAUCUGGGCCGGAUUUUUUCGGAAAUGAUGACACCGUAGUAGAUGGAGGUGGUGUUGGACUUCCUGGAGCUCCAGGAAUUUCCCUCUUCAGCCCUGCAGGACCAGCAAUAGGUGGAGUGCCUCUUCCAAGCCCCUCUGGACCACCGGGACCACCAUCUGGGCCAGGUUUUUUUGGCGAUGAUGACACCAUAGUAGCUGAAAGUGGUGUUGAACUUCCUGGGACACCAGGAGUUUCUCUUUCAAGCCCUGUGGGACCAGUGACAGGCGGAGUGCCUCUUCCCAGCCCCUCUGGGCCACCAGGUGCACCAUCCAGGCCAGGUUUUUUAGGCGAUGAUGAUACUGGAGCUGGAGCUGAAGCUGGAGGUGGUGUUGGACUUCCUGGAGCACCCGGAGUUUCCUUCUCAAGCCCAGUGGGACCAGCAACAGGUGGAGUGGCUCUUCCCAGCCCCUCUGGACUCCCGGGGCCACCCUCUGGACCAGGUUUUUUUGGCGAUGAUGACACUGCAGUAGCUGGAGGUGGUGUUGGACUUCCUGGGACACCAGGAGUCUCUCUCUUCAGCCCUGAUGGCCGAGGUACAGGCGGAGUGUCUCUUCCCAGCCCAUCUGGACCACCAGGAGCACCAUCCGGACCGGGUUUUUUAGGGGAUGAUGACACAGUAGUACCUGAAGGUGGUGUUGGACUUCCAGGAGCACCUGGAGUCUCCUUCUUUAGUCCUGCAGGACAAGAAACAGGUGGAGUGCCUCUUUCUAGUCCAUCUGGACCACCAGGGCCACCAUCCGGGCCAAAUUUUUUUGGGGAUGACCCCGCUGUAGCUGAAGGUGGAGAUGUUGGACUUCCAGGGACACCAGGAAUUUCCCUCUCAAGCCCUGCAGGACCAGCAACAGGCGGGGUACCUCUUCCCAGCCCUUCUGGACCACCAGAACUACCAUCAGGGCCAGGUAUUUUUGGAGAUGAUGACGCCGGAGUCUCACUUUUCCAGCCUGUGGGAACAGAAGCUGAUGGAGUGCCACUACGUAGCCCAUCUGGGCCUGAACCUGCACCUUCAGGAACUGGACUUUUUCAUGAUGAAUCUGUAGGUUUCAAAGGAGCCUCUGGUGUUGGACGUCCUGAAGUAGCUGGUGUAAGACCCAUGGGAGUUCCUCUUCCCAGCCCCUCUGGACCAGAGACAGCACCAUCAGGGCCAGGAUUUUUCGGAGAUGAUGACACAGUAGUAGCUGGAACAGCUGCUGAUGUUGGAACAAGUGGAGUUUCACUUUCGAUCCCUAUUGGACCAGGAACUGGUGGAGUAUCUCUUCCCAGCCCUUCUGAACCAGCGGCAAGACCACCUGCCCCAGGAUUUUUUGGAGAUGAUGACACUGCAAUAGUCAGGGAUAGUACUGGACUUCCCGGUGUGCCUGAAGUCUCUUUUUCCAUCCCAAUUGGACCUGAUGUUGGUGGAGUGUCUCUUCCCAGCCCAUCUGCACCAGAAUCAACGCCGUCAGUGACUCUCGGUGAUGAUGAUACUCUACUUUCCGUAAGUGCUGCUGGACCUCCAGAGGCUCCGGGAGUCUCUCUUUCCAGCCCUAUAGCACCAGCGGCAGGUGGAGUACCUCUUCCCAGUCCCUCUCUCCCUGAAUCAACAUCAGCAGAUGAUGCAAGAACUGGAAUACCAGGCUUUGUUGAUAUAGCCACUAGAUUUGAUUCCUCUGGACCAGGACUACCAGCAACAGGACCUGGUAUCAGUGCUGGGGCAGGAGUGUCACUUCCAGGGUUUGCAUCACCUGAUGACGAUGCUGCUGUAAGCCCAGAGUUCGGCUUUACCACAGGAUUUGGUGCCCCUGAAAGUGGAUUACCAGCAACAGGACCUGGCAUCGGUGGUGGAGUAGGAGUAUCACUUCCAGGGUUUGGAUCACUUGAUGAUGAUACUGCUGGAAGCCCAGGAUUUGACUCUACCGGUGGGUUUGGUGCCUCUGAACCUGGACCACCAGCAGCAGGACCAGCUAUAGGUAGUGGGGCAGGUGUAUCACUACCAGGAUUUGGAUCAUCUGAUGACAAUGGUGCUGGAAGCCCAGGAUUUAAACUGACUACUGGGUUUGGGACCUCUGGACCUGGAAUACAGGCAACAGGACCUGCAAUUACUGCUGGAUCAGGAGUGUCACUUCCAGGGUUUGGAUCAUUUGACGACGAUGCUGCUGUAAGCCCAGGGUUUGACUUCACUACUGGCUUUGGUGCCUCCAGACCUGGAGUACCAGCAGCAGGACCUGGUGUCAGUGUUGGUUCAGGAGUAUCCCUUCCAGGCUUUGGAUCACAUGAUGAUGAUGCUGCAGGCAAUGGGUUUGACUCUAGCAAUGGAUUCGGUGCCUCAGGUCCUGGAGUACCAGCAACAGGACCUGGUGUCAGUGUUGGAUCAGGAGUAUCACUUCCAGGCUUUGGAUCACAUGAUGAUGAUGCUGCAGGCAAUGGGUUUGACUCUAGCAAUGGAUUCGGUGCCUCAGGUCCUGGAGUACCAGCAACAAGACCUGGUGUCAGUGUUGGAUCAGGAGUAUCACUUCCAGGCUUUGGAUCACAUGAUGAUGCUGCCGGAAGACCAGGCUUUGAUGAUUCAUCCUCUGGCUUUGGACUCUCAAGCUCUGGAUUUAAUGGGGAAAUUCCUUUGUCAGUGUUAGACUCCACUGACAAUGGAAAGCCUAUGAGCCCUGAUUUUGGUUUUUCUGGUGCGAUUGGCUCAUCUGAUGAUUUUGGCCAGAACUCAGGAGGGUUUGGAUUUGGAGGAGGGGUACCUCUUAAUGGUGGGUUUGGCGGAUCAGCAUCUUUCAAUGGAAAGGGUGCUCUGGACGCCUCAGAGGUGCCGCUUCAAGGGCCACCAGUAUCCAGCACUUUCAGUCUCUCAACAAAUCUAGGCCAUGGAACCGGUUCUUCAGGCGUACCACUCAAUACUGGUAAAGAAUUGUCCUUCAACAAUGCCCAUCGUUCCCACGGAACUUCCCAGUUUUUUGAGGUAGGCCCACCUCAUCAUGCUGCAGGUGGGCCAACCAACGCCUCACCUCUUCCUUUCCAUCCUCACACUCACAUGUUUGAUUCCCAACAUCCCAAUCAAUUCCAUUCGUCCUCUGGCCCAGUUCACGAGGCGAGCUCUUUUGCUGAAAGUUCUGCAAACUUAGAUAGUGAGGUAAAUAAGCCCCAGGACCUAGUCAAGAUUUAUCACGAUAUUUACGGCAUAAAAAUGAGAUUAGAUGACUGGUUAGUCCCUAAACGGAGGGAGGCUCCUGCUAACUUGUAAGCUUCAGAAUUCUAAUCCCCACAAGGAUCGUAUCGUGUGUUGCGCUGUGAAUGAUUGUUGUGUAUUUAUGAAUGCAUUGAGGCGUCAGUUACACUCGGGUACAGAAAUGGUCUCAUUGUAUGAAUAAAUGAAUAUUAUAAAAGUAACAUUAAUUGUGUUUGGGGCUGUGUGUGAAUAAUAAAAAGCCAUUAUUCAAAACAAAGAAUAAAGAUUACUUUUCAUCCCUUUACUUAAAACAGAGACUAUUCAUCUUCCCUAGAUCCUGACGCCUCACUCUCGUCCUUUUAAUUAUUAUACGUUUUCCCUCAAAAACGUCCCUCACUUUGAUAUCCACACCCUUCGCACAUUCGCUGUCCGCUCCUUGUGAGCCGAGAUUUGCUGCCCUCAACCUCUGUCCCAUUCACUUGGCUGUGUACAUAGUAAGGUGUAUGUUAUAUUGUAUACCAUUAAAUACAUGUCUAUGAUUACUGAGUACUGUGAUUGUUGAAACGAUGGUGCCAGCCUCGCACCAAGCCCUGGAAGAGACUUGGUUUGUACGCUUCUGUCGAUGGAAUAAAAGUUUUUUAUUAUACA